AAAUAGGUCAAAGGUCAAAAUUGGUUUGAAACUAGUCUCAGUUCCUUUUGUACACACGUGCGUUGCGUUAUUCAUUCUUGUUGCUGUUAAACAUGGACUUAACAAAUAAGAAAUACCCUAAGGAAGUUCUUGGUGGGCUUAAUGAAUUGAGGAAGCAAGCAGAGCUGACAGAUGUAGUGCUGGAGCUGGAAGGAGAAAGUGGCGCAAGUUUCCCGUGUCACCGCGCCAUCCUGGCAUUGUGCAGCCCAUACUUCCAUCGUAUGUUCACCAGCAGCUAUGCGGAAGCCAAACAGGAAAGGAUCUGCAUCCAGAAAGUGAGUGAAGUUGCCAUGGCAACAAUUCUGGACUACGCCUACACCGGCUGUCUUCAGACGGAGUCAGACCAGGUCCAGGAUGUGAUGUCUGCAGCCAGACUUCUCCAGGUUGAUUUUGUAUACCACAAAGCAGCAGAGUACAUGAAGAACCAUCUGGACAUGUCCAACUGUGCUGAUAUAUUGAUGUAUGCUGACAUGCUGGGGGACCUAGACUUGCUGGAGACAAGUAGGAGGUACAUAGCAUUCAGGUUCAGCCAGGUGGUCCUACAACCAUCGUUUCUCCAGUUGCCUCUUCCCCUGCUCCAGUCAUUGCUCAACAGGGAGGAUUUAAGAAUCAACUCAGAAGACGACGUUGUGCAAGCUGCUCUAAGAUGGAUCGAAUUUGACAAAGAAGUGCGCUUGCAGCACCUUCCUGCUCUGUGCAAGUCCUUCCGUCAUCCCUUUGUCAGUGCCAAACUGUGUGAGGAGCUGCAGAGCAAGAGCCCGUCAUCCGACUGCCAGCUGGUGUACAGUGAGAAGACAACCCAGCGUCUGGAACAAACACGAACUGAAAUGCAGAUUGCUGUACUAAGGGAGAUAUCUGUGGAAUUCCCUGUUAAAACCCGUUGCUUUGACCUUGCAAGAGGCACAACAUACAUCAUGAACAUGCCUGACAACCUGGAGGGCUUCACAAUGAUAAGCACUGCUGAAGAUGAGCUGUAUCUGGCAGGUGGUGUUUACACUGGUACAGAUGGUGUUGUCAUGAACAGAUUGAAAGCCAUAAGAAACAGUCAGAAGAAGUUUUAUCAAUACAACCACCUGUUAGACACCUGGGAACCAAAGUGUGAGAUGAUGACAACGCGUUUCAGUUGCAAUCUGGUCUGUCUAGAUGGGUACAUCUAUGCCAUAGGAGAUGGCAGAACAAAUAAGUCAGCAGAGAGGUAUGACCCCAGUUGUGACAAGUGGGCCUGCAUACCACCCAUCCCCUAUCCGAUGCCCAGAACAGAGCGUCAUUGCUUGUCUUCUGCAUUUUGUGCUGUGGCCCUUGAUGACAGCAUCUACGUCAUAAGUGAGAAAGGCUGCUACAGGUUCAACACCACAGAGAACACCUGGAGCAAGACGGCAGACAUGCUGGAACCUCCACUGAAUCCACAGGCUGUUGCGUAUCAGGGGUGUAUUUACUGUGUGGACACAAACGAUGACACACUGACAUACGUAGAAAAGUACAAUCCUGAAGAUGGUGCGUGGAUACAUUCGGACAAUGCCAAGACUUUUUCCUGCACUAGUCUGGCCCUGAUGCUGCAUGGGGACUCUUUGUAUCUCCUCACCGUGCAUUUUCCAGAGGAUAUGCCCUACAACAGUCAUGACCUCUACAAGUACCAGCCAGACACGGAUUCUUGGCUGAAGCAAGAAAGUGCAGACAUAAUCGUGACCCCCAUAAAGCAGUGGAUGCAAGCCCAUGUUAUUGAAGAUUGGUUGGUGGCAAGGAUGAUUCCAACAUGUCUUGGUGAUGUGAGUUCAGAAGUUUUGGGCCAAGGGGAAAGUGAUUCUGAUGAUGACGAGUAUGACAACUAAAGCACUUUUAAUUACAUGUACUUUCAAGUCCACCUAAGAGUUACUCCAACUGGUGCCACCCAGAAACUUUCUCUUGGUUGAAGCCAGAAAGUUGACACACAACUUAAGAUGAAGAAAGAUAAAGGGGGAGUGAUGAUGAUGACAGUUAAACACUGGUCUGUAGGACACAUUUUCAAAGUCACAAACUUGAAUAUUUUUAGUUAGUACACAUGUUUUGUUUAUGGUAACACGUCAGCAGAACGUACUGUGCCUGCGCAAAACCUACAUUUUUCACGGUUUUUGUUGAUUUUUGGUCAACAUUGCGUCAUGCGGAUUGUUAACCUUGUAUGCGCAAAUACGACCUUAUAUGAGACGUUCUGCUGCCAUGCACAAUACUUAGUAUAUUACAGGGUUCACGCACGUGCAGCUUUUUCUGCUGACAUGCUGUUUAAGGUAUACUAUGUGCUCUAAUGAUUAUGGCAAAAAUGCUGUUACUGAUGGCUUGAGUUAGUUUUGAUGACCACAUAGGCUUGAUAAAGUACAGAAGAUGUCCAGAGUUACAUAAUGCACCAAACAUUCAGAUAUGAUUUACUUUGUGUCAGUGUCAUAAACGUGUUUGUAGAUAGUGUGCACAGAUGUUUUCGUCACAGUUAACCUUUUGAAUCAAUAUAUUGUUAUAUGCACAAACAUUAAUAUUCUGCCUUGUUGUUUAUGGGAAGCUAGCAUUUAGGAAAGAAGUUCAAGGACUUGCUAACCAAUAAGAUAAAGACUGGCCAACUUGUUAGAAAUAGUGGUUAAAUGAUUUAUGUUAACAUUA